UAGGAGGAUUAAUAUCAUACAUUUCAUCACUAUUUUCAACUCCAGUCAGAAUGUUAAUAUUAGGACUAGAUUCUGCAGGAAAAACAACUAUUUUAUAUAGAAUUGCAUCAGGAGAAACAAUUAUGACAGUUCCAACAAUUGGAUUUAACUUAGAAGAGUUAGAAUAUAACCAAAUGAAAUUUAAGGUGUGGGAUUUAGGAGGACAAGAAAAUCUUCGACCAUAUUGGAGAUGUUAUUAUUCGGGAACAAAUGCAAUCAUCUUUGUUGUUGAUAGUUGUGAUAGAGAACGAAUAGAAGUUGCAAGUAAAGAAUUAGAAAUAAUAAGUGGAGAUAACAAUUUACAAAAAACAGUUAUUGCUAUCUUUGCAAACAAACAAGAUGACAAAAAGCAUUGUAUGAGUGUAGAAGAAAUCACGGAAAAAAUGAAAUUAAGUGAAAUUCAAAAUGUGACGUGGUCAAUCUUUGAAACAAGUGGAGUAACAGGAGAAGGACUAAAAGAAGGGAUGGAAUGGAUUGCUAGUCAUUGCAAAUAA